AUGGGACGAAUGUUGAAGGUGUUUCGCACUCAAAACGACGUAUUUGUGCUUCCCUUGUACAAUCCAGAAAGAUACUGGAAGCUACAGGUGGUAAGUAGAAACGAGAAUCUGAUUGGUCAGUUGGUUGAAGUCUUUGAAGAGAUCUGUGACUUUAAAGAUUUGAGAGAUGAUGAAGAGGACGAGGAUUGUUCUCCUAAUGUUUCUUUUGAACCGAUGAACAGGAUGGAGGUGGAUAUAAGAUUUGCAGGAGAUACUGAUACUACAUUGAGUGGAACUUCACCAGAUAGUGAAAGAACGUUGGAGGUAUCGCGCGUACAGGCUAAGUCACGGGAUCUUAAAAGUUUGGAAACAACAUCAAGUAUCGAUGAAGAUCGAACUGUAGGAACAGUAUUCCAGCCAAUUCUACAACAGCCAAUACCGAUACGACCGAACUCUGCCGAAUCAAGUCUUGACUCUGUACUAUUAAGAUUUGAAGAUGAAGAAGAUACAGGUAGACCUUUAAGUGAGACUGGGUUCAAUUGGAUGGACACAAAAAGCAGCCAGUCAGAAUUCAAGACGAUCAAUAAAAGAUUUUCAAUGACUUUCAAAGGCAUUAAACCUGGCAUGGUUAUCCACCACAAACAAAUUGAGUCAUUACGUGGUGUUGGAGAGGGGCACAAACUGAAGGGAUCUGAUAUUGUAAGGAAUUCAUUUAUUAUGGGAGCAAUCACAGGCAACGAUAAGAACCCUUCUGUAAGUUCUGUACGAACUCCACGGGGAAGCUCAUGGGGCCUAUUUAAUUGGUAA